UUGCCCCGGAAGUGGCCUGAAGAAGAGCCCAGAGUCGGCGGGACCGGGGGGGAGCGGUUCCUCGGGGGCCGGUAGCGACCGACAGCGGCCGUCGUGGGCAGCGCGCAUGGCGGAGCCCGCGGGCACGGGCUGAGGGCGGCCGGUUGGUGGGCCGGGCCCCUCGCCCGCCUCGGCGCCCCCCUCCUCCCCUCCCCUCCCUCGCCCUCCCGCCUUCCGCCCUGGCGGAGCUGGGCCGGGCCGGGGGCGCCGCGGGGCCCGCCGGCGGGAUGAUGCGCUCCCAGUGCCUGCUCGGCCUCCGCGCCUUCCUCGCCUUCGCCGCCAAGCUCUGGGGCUUCCUGCUCUACCUCCUGCGGCGCCAGGCCCGCACCGUGAUCCAGUAUCAGACGGUGCGCUACGAUAUCCUUCCCCUUUCCAAAGUCUCACGGGAACGGCUCAAUCAGGUGAAGAGAAAGAUUCUUGUCCUAGACCUGGAUGAGACGCUCAUCCAUUCCCAUCACGACGGGGUCCUGAGGCCCACGGUGAGGCCCGGCACACCCCCUGACUUCAUCCUUAAGGUUGUCAUAGACAAGCACCCAGUCCGCUUUUUUGUACAUAAGAGGCCACACGUGGACUUUUUUCUAGAAGUGGUGAGCCAGUGGUAUGAGCUGGUGGUCUUUACAGCCAGCAUGGAAAUCUACGGCUCAGCUGUGGCCGACAAGCUAGACAAUAAUAGGAGCAUCUUGAAGAGGAGAUACUACAGACAGCACUGCACUUUGGAGCUGGGCAGUUACAUCAAGGACCUUUCCGUUGUACAUAAUGACCUGUCCAGUAUAGUCAUCUUGGAUAAUUCACCGGGCGCAUACAGGAGCCAUCCAGAUAACGCGAUCCCCAUCAAGUCCUGGUUCAGCGACCCCAGCGACACAGCUCUCCUCAACCUGCUCCCCAUGCUUGAUGCCUUGAGGUUCACAGCAGACGUCCGGUCGGUGCUCAGUCGGAACCUCCACCAGCAUCGCCUCUGGUGACGGCGGCUCCUCCUUUCUUCAGGGUUUGGCCCACGACCUCUGCCUUAUCCCCGCCAUCGUGCCCGCCCUCCUUGUCCUCGCCACUUGGACUCUGGCGGCCGUGUUUGGACUCAGCGCAGCGGCGGGAAGGGACUUGGCGCCGGCCGGCCUUCCCUCGCGCCAAGCCCACGGGCACCCGCUUUCACCUCCGCCUGUGCCCCCGCGGCACACCUGCUCUUCGACCGCAGGGUGGACACCGACAGAGAUACUGGGGGAGGGGGGCACCAGCACUGUUGGCGUGACUCCAGCUGCUUUGGAGGCAGACGGGCAAGAAAGGGGGUGAAACAAGCCAGACGCACCCCGGAGUGCGACGGACACUUUGAGACGAGGCUGCGUUUCUCAUUUUAAAGACCUAGCUCCCUGUACAAA